AUGAGUUUUUUUUUCAAUCGUCAAAAAACUCCGAGCGGAAGCUAUGACAAUGAGUACGAGCUCCUGGACGAGCCCAUCUACAGCGCCAUGCACAUUCCUCUUAGGCUCAACCCAAAGGAGCGAAAGGUGCAGCGACUGAUGCGGGGGAUUAUUUUGGCGUCGUGCUACACCGACAAGGUGGAUUCCACCUCCGCGAUGAACUUGAAGCGGGAUAUGAUCAUCGUUCGGGAGUUGAUCAACAUCUUCAGUGGGCUCAUCAUCGGCUUAGAUUUCUCCAGUGCGUCGACGCUAUUGCGGAACAAGGAGUUCGCGCCGUACAGCGAGGAGGUGCGGACGGCGAUUGAAACCUGCCGACGAUACAAAAUCAUGAACCCCGAUCUGAUGCGCACGGAUUACGUGAAGUUUUUAUACAUGGUGCAGGAUGCGGUGCAAAACGUCGGGGUGCGGGAUGUGUUGAGUUUCGACGCUGCCUCCGAGCUCGUUACGGUGGGAAGCUAUUGCGAGGAGCUCGGCGUGCAGGAGAUCUUGAAGGAUAGCAGGCUGCCACUUUGCAUCACCCCGAUCCCCCCGAUGGCAAAUCGAACCGUACUGAACAAAUGUCUUCGUUACAAGGACGUGAUGGUGAACAAGAUGGUCAAGGAGUACGCCCAGAAGCAUCAAAAGAGCGAAGAGAGCAUUGAGGUGAUUAUUCGAAGUCUAAACGAUGCCAACUGCUUUUCAAACGAUAAUGCUAAGACGACGGAGGAGCUGCUCGGGCUCCUGCGGAAGUAUUUCCACCCCACCCAGUACGACGACCUCACAAAUUUAGCGAUUGAGGAGGGCACCUCAGGCAGCCGCAUCUCGCACACCCACGCCCGUCAGUACUCCUACGUCGUUCAGAGUCUUUCGCUCUGGAAGGCGAUCUGUAGUCGGAUGUACAUGCUCUGGACGAUCGCCGAAAGCGAUAUGCUCAACCCGGAGGAAAAAUACGAGCUCCGUUUCACCGGGCAGGGGCUUCAGCGUGUGCAAAAGGCACCCAAACUCUUUCGUGCGAUCGAGGCGAUUUUAAAGCAAACGAAGGAGGAGGUUGGGGAGUGGGUGGGCUCGGAGCGGAUUCACCUCGGGGAUGAUCAAGUGCCCAACGCGUUUUACUUUAUCGACAAGUAUGGGCAGGUUUCCCGCAUUCUCGUGCCCAUCCUGCGGACCUUGAAUAAGGUGGAUGAGCUCAUGACCAAUCGCGAUUGCGCCGCCUACAUCACGGACGUCUGGGGAAGCGCGGUGAAUGCGAAGGUGGCCAUUCUUGGGGAUUUCUUCCGUCAUGGGUUUGAUGGGAGCGGUGGGGAUAACAUGGAGGACGCCGGGAGCUGCAUCGACGGACGCCUGACGAGUGCCUGGAACUGGUGUAAUAAUAUUCGCUUUAAAACAUUUUAUCCUCUUUUCUUGUGGGCCGGGUUUAGCUCUUUUGAUGGUGAGAUGAGUACUUAA